AAUGACUAAAGCAAGUUUUUAAAUUGCACGAACACUUCAUCGUAUCUUAAAUUAUUCAGUUUAGGCAAACAACUUUUGAAAACAAAUCAAAAGGAUAAAGAUGAACGGAAAUGGAGAACGUGUUACACCGAAUUCCGCAAAACCAAAUAAAGAUUAUAAGCUUCUUAGAGACCCUCUGAUUUCGGGAAAAAAGGAACCUAAGGUCUAUCGAUAUGAGGGCAUAGUCAGUACGGAUCCAUUAACAUUUGUCGCAGUUCGAGAUCCACGAAGUCGUAUAACGGCGUUAACUAAACGUUUGGAACCACUUGAUUUGCCUGUUCCAAGGCUAAUCAUCGACAAAGAUUAUAUAGGAAAACCUCCAUCAAUCGAAAUAACAAUCCAGAACUUAAAUGACAAUGUUGAUAAGAAUUUUUUGUCCGAUAUGCUUCAAAAAGCUGGUCUCCAAUGUGAUGAAAUUACAAUUUACUAUCAUCCAGAAAACAAUAAACAUUUAGGAGUAGCGCGCUUAAUUUUGCAAUCACCCAAACAAACCAAAAUAUGUAUUGACAAGUUCAACAAUAAGUCCGUGAUGGGAAAGAUUAUUAAGGUUUUUCAUGAUGCUUAUGGUGAACAAUGUAAAAACUUAAUUGAAGCACUUACAACAGAAAAGAAGCCGGUGCCCAUUGUACCUGUAAAUCCUCCUCCUAACAUUCUAGCAUCAUUUCUUCCUGAAAUACCGAAAAUUAUUCAACAACCCAGUGUAGAGUUUUCAACAGACAUCACAGAUGAAAGAAUUUGGUCAGCUGUUGGCACAACUGGCGCCACUUCAAAUAAAUAUAAAGGAAAGAAUAAUAUGGAUAAUGCUUGGGAUGCUUCAAGUUACAGCUCUCACAGUAGAGGAUGUGCUUCGAAACAUGAGGAAGAAUACAACAGUCGAUCAUCGUCAAGUAACAAAUAUUACGAUAAACAUGAAAGUCGCAAAGAUAGAGAUCGCAAUUAUAGUGGUAAAUAUGGGCAUCAUUCAUCUCACAGAAGUCAAGAGAGAGUUGAUAAUUUCGAACGUGAUCGUCAUCGAAGGGAUAGAGACGGUGACAGCAGAAGAGAUUAUAGAAGUAAAAGUGACUGGAAGGAGCGAGAUCGAAAUUCUCGAAAAGAUCGUGAUAGAGAUUAUUACGAUUACAAGAACAGUCACCGUUACAAUUACAAUAACAACAAAAGUUAUUCGAGACAAGAUUCAUAUCGAACAGAUUCCUCUGAUGUAUCUGAAAUGUCAAAUUAUGAAUAUUACAACUCAUCGUCAGCAUCUUAUGGUGGUUAUAAUUAUCCUCCUUACACGACACCAUCUUCAUCAACGUGGACUCCACCACCACCAAAAGUACUUCCAGAAGAAUCACCUCCACGACCACCUCCUGAACCGAUCAUAAAUGAUGGCGAUGACGAUGAUGAAAAUGGUGCUAAAAGUAUAAUUAAAGAUGGGGAAAAUACUGUUGAUUUAGAUACAAGAAUUGCAAUGUUAUUUAAAACAAAAUCUUUUGAAAGCGAUGUUCCAGCAUUGUUUCCAGUUGAUGACAAUGAAUCCGAAAAGGAAAUGUCAUCACAAAAUAAAAAGAACCAUGAAAAUUCUUCUGGAGUUGAUCAUGACAUUUUAGAUCCUUCUAGAGACAUGAAAGUGAGAGUUAAAGUGAAAUGUGAAGAAGGAGAAAUGGAAAAUUCAAGUGCCAAACAAAUCUCAUCAUUAAAAGAAGAGAAAGAGUUGGAUGAUGAAAAGAAAAAGGAUAUUUCAAUCGAUACAUCAGAUGGAAGCACGCAAAGUACAAUUCCAAGUCCUUUUCAAUCACGUAAAACUUUUAAAGCAUCUCGUCGUUCUAUCAAAUUAUCUCUGAAAGCUUCGAAACGGAAACAAGCGAAUGAAAAAAUUAAAGUUGAAUCUGGGGCUAGCGAUAUAUCGUCAAGUGAAGAUGAAUUAUUAGCGAAAGGAAGUUAUAGCCCUCCAUUAUUAAAAUCUCAUCAUUCAUUGUUAAUCAAAACGGAAGAUCAAAUGUCACUUUCAAGUUUAUCUUCGACGGAGCCAAUUGAGGAAGUUAAUGAAGUUAAGAAUGAGAUGACAUCGGCUUUGAAAAUGUCACCAUCAUCCUACGUCUAUCCUGUUGGCUUCUCAUCUUACAAUGCUGCUUAUUACUACAAUAGCUCGUUUCAUCAAUUUCAACAACCGAAUCAUUGGAUAUCGUCAGUAAAUAGUUAUCAUCAUGAUAAUAACAAGAAAGAUUCUCAUUUUCCUGUCACUGAUGAUCCACAUGAAGUUGCUGUCGAUAAAGUGAUAGAAAAAUUAAUUUACGAGCUCAAAAAUAUUCUGAAAAAAGAUUUUAAUAAACGUAUGAUUGAGAAUACUGCAUUUAAAAAGUAUGAAGCAUGGUGGGAUGAACAAGAAAAGAUGAAAAAUACUCGCUACCAUCAACAGGAACUUAAAGAAACUCCACCAUCAGUUGCGACGAUAUCAGCAACAUCAUCGACACCAUUGUCAUCGAUGAAUAUGACGAAAAGCUACCAAGUGAAUAGUGGAUUAGGAAUUUUACGUAACUUAAGAUUUCAAAGAAUUAAACGUGAACCAGCGCCCAUUUCUCAGGAAGAAGAUUCAAGAAGAAGUGAUCAAGAUGACGAUGAUAUGGUGCAUGGAUCUGAUUCCGAAAAGGAAGACGACAUUCAACAGACAUCGAAGACAACUUACAUGCGAAGAGCAGAAAUUUCUUCGAGCUCUUCUGAAUCCAGUGAGUCAAGUGAAAGUAGUAGCGACGAUGAGGAUGAUGAAGAGCGUGAUGGACACGCUUACAGUAGCGAUACUGCCUCACUUAUGUCUGAUGAUGAGAUUACACUUCGAAAGAUUCGACCGAAAAAAGAGAAAGAAAAUAACAAAAUUUAUUCGGAUUCUGAAAGCGAAAAUGAUGUAAAAAUUGAAGACGAAAAUACGCCAACAAAACAUGUUGUUAAACAAAAUUCAAAAAUAUAUUCAGACUCUGAAGUUGAAGGUGAAGAUCGAGAACCAGUCGAAGUGGAACAACAAAAUAAAGAAGAAAUGUUGAAGAUAAAGAAAGAAAAAGAAGAAGAGAAAGAAGUUAAAACUUUGCCAUGUCCACCAGCACAACAAGAAAAAGAACAACAAUCACCUCCACCACCACCACCACCCCCACCAGCUGAAUCUGACAGCGAUUUCUUUAACGAUGAUGUAAUGUCGAAGCCACCACGUACUCCUGGUAGAAUAUCAAGUGAUGAUCUUCAAGUUGAAAAAGAAAAGUCUGAAGAUGAAGAAAAGAAAGUAAAAGUUACAGAUGAAGCUGAUGAUCGGAUGUACAGUGAUUCUGAAGAAGAGCGUGAAUAUCAAGAAAAGAUUCGACGUAACACUGAAUGGAUGGAGCAAGUCGAACGUGAAGAGAAAGAACGAGAACGUAGACGUCUUCUGGAAGCACAACAAAAUAAUGAUGUAAAAUUCGAAUCAAAAUCUAAUGAAGAAAUAUCAUCAGACACAACAAUAAACACAUCAACAAAUUUAAAUGAUUUAAUUCGUCCACCGUCAGCAAUAAUAAAAACGCCAAUAAAAGUUGAACAAUUUAUCAAUGAUGAAGUGAAGCAACUUGAAAAGGAAAAUGGCAAGAAGAAGCGAGGGAGACCGAAAGGAAGCAUUGGGAGACCGAAAGAAAUCAAGAAAGUUAAGAAUGGUGCAGCAACAACAGCAACAGCUAAGGUUGAUCAUCAACUUCCAUUAUCAACAAGCUCAAAGACAGAUCGUGAUCAACUUUAUUCUUUAAAAUUAUCACCGAAUUCAUCAUCCGAUGGAGGAUCGAGUCAAGCAAGUCUUGUUGCAAUUGAGCAUAGUUAUUCCCGUCCACCAUCGUCAUCGCCAUCAACGACUUCAUGUAGUCCUCAUCAAGACAUUCACAUUGAUCAUGAUUACUGUGGAAAGUCUGAGAUAACGCCACUGCAGUCAAUUCAACCAGGUCAGUUAGUAGAAGAGCAACAUAAGAAGGAACAACAAGGAGGUACAAGGCCCGUUGGGCGUCCAAGAAAAGAUCCGAAUGCUCCAAAAGCUCAAUAUACCAAGAAGAAUAAAAAUGCGGUGUUGGAUGAAAAAUAUAACAAUAACAAUAAAUUAAAGAAGGAGAAAAUAAAGAAAGUUGAUCUGCGACAGCAUCAAUCAAUGGUCGAGAAUUUUGUACCUGUAGCGCGUUAUAAUAAGCGAACAAGUGAAGAUGAAAGCGAUAUUUUGUGUCGUUUUGUGACGCAAGGAAUUGAUGAUGAAGAUAUCGAAUACAUGAGACGAGCUUACAGUAUAUUGAUUCAAAAAGAUAUUCCAGGAACGGAAAUGUUGCAUCAAGUUCAUUGGGUUGAUCACUGUGCAACUGAUCGAUCAUUUGAACCUCCACCGAUAAAAAAGAGACGACGAGACGAAUAUCCCGAUGUCAAACAGCAUCCAACUGGUUGUGCAAGAACUGAGGGAUAUUACAAGAUUGAUUCGAAAGACAAAGCUCAUUACAAAUAUCAUCAUCUUCGAGGUGGAUCAUCGGUUGUUGGUCAUCAUGAUAGUAUAGCAAAGAUGGCUGUAGCUAAAAUGCAGAAUGCUUCACGUGAAGCUCGAUCAAAUCAGAGAAGACUUUUGACUGCUUUCGGCGGUGCCACCGAAUCGGAUCUUCUUAAAUUCAAUCAAUUGAAAUUCCGUAAAAAGCAAUUGAAGUUCGCCAAAUCGGCAAUUCAUGACUGGGGACUGUUUGCAAUGGAGCCAAUAGCAGCGGAUGAAAUGGUCAUUGAAUAUGUUGGUCAGAUGGUUCGACCAAGCGUUGCUGAUUUGAGAGAAUCUAAAUAUGAAGCGAUUGGAAUUGGAAGUUCUUAUCUUUUUAGAAUUGACAGUGAGACGAUUAUUGAUGCAACGAAAUGCGGGAAUUUGGCUCGAUUCAUAAAUCAUAGUUGCAAUCCAAACUGUUAUGCAAAAGUCAUAACAAUAGAGUCAGAGAAGAAAAUUGUUAUUUAUUCGAAACAACCAAUUGGUGUCAACGAAGAGAUAACAUACGAUUACAAAUUCCCUCUUGAAGAUGAGAAAAUCCCUUGUUUAUGUGGUGCCCAAGGAUGUCGCGGAACAUUGAAUUAAAUAGAUAAUUAAGAAAUGUGUAAAAAACCUUAAAAAUAAUUUCAACGUCACUCGUAUAAUUUUUCACGUUAUAUUUUUCUUUUCUUCUUUCCUUAUCGCAAUAAGUUUUUUUUUUCAUUUUUCGUACAAUAAAACUGAAGCUAUCAAAUAAUUUAA